AUGAACCCGGUCGCUAAACUCGGGAUAGCCCACACGACGGCGUCGGUCGACCAGCUUACCGUAACCGAGUUUCCGACCGGCCCGAACGCUCUGCGGCUGUUCAUACCCAACAUCGACAUUUGCAGCGGUGGUGAAUCUGCAGCUGCCAAGAGGACUCGUGCCGUGGGUUGUGGAGGUGGUGGAGGCGUUGGUGGAGUAGAUGCCCGUAACGAGAGUGCUCGGAGCCCGAAUUCGGACAACCAUCGCAAACGGUCAAACGUGAACGACUGCGCAAAAAACUGA